GUUUAUCUCUACAUAAUUCAAUCAGUGAAACGUGUCAAUAAAGUUUUAAAUCAAGAUGGGCUUGUCAAUGCGAAUAGAACAUCAAUUGGCUACCAUCAUCGAAGCAAAUCUCUGAAGAGUGUAAAACAUCUUUAAAUACCGCCGUCAAAUUACUCUCACGAGUUCCUCCAGAAACGUCAACAGUGAAGGGCUAUUUCACGACAGCCGGUGUGUAGAAGCCAGAGGCAAGAAACUCUGUGCUCGCGAAGCCCCGACGACGAGAAGACGCGGAUUUCGAAGCGGCGGCCCAACUGGAAUCUGGUAUCUAUAGCCGGCCGACGAAUACCUGAAGAAAGAUCAUUAAAAUCCUUCAACGUAUGCGCGGUUUGUACCCCGUCGCGUAUCCAUUACGCCUUAAUUUCGCGCAGGCCUUAACCGACCCACGGAUAAUACCUGGCAGGAAUAAUCGAAAUGGAAAUGAGCCGGAAACGCGUUUGAAGAAACGCGGGUCGAGAUUGAGCGUAAUCAGAAAAAUGAAAGAAAAGCAUACGAAGAAAAAGAAAGAAACUUAUCCAAAAUCCGUAUAGAAAGGAGCGAUAUACCGUUCAAAUUUCACGAUUAUAAUUGGUAAUUUUUGAACUGGCCAAAUUAAGAGUUUUCAUCCAAUUGUCGCCGUAUUGUACCAUAAUUGUGACUAUAAAAUUUGAGCUACGUAAUAAUGGAAAAGAAUUAGUUGCACGAUCCGAUGGAAGGAAAAAUGUCGCGGAGAAUCGAAAAAGAAGAAGAGAGAGAGAGAACCGCGGGUGGACGAAUUCGAGAGGAUCUCACGACACGAGGGAGAGAACAAGGAGGACAAGGCGGAUGAGCAUGGCAGCACCGGGCAAGAUAUCACAGGCAGCACAGGUGGAAUCUGGUAUCUGACGAGAAGGUAGUUCGCCUGGGACAGCGGGCACAAGGAUGUGAGAGAAACAAAAAGAAAGAGAAAAAGAGAGAGAGAAGAGAAGGACCGAACGAGGCGAAGCCUCGAACGAGAAAGAAGAAGAGAUAUAUCUGCGACUCGAAACCCGGAGAUUCACCCAAACACCCUUGCGUGUAACGCUCGCGCGUUUUCUCAGUCUCCACGUUGGUGGAGCGCGUUUCGCCAUGGCUUCAGCCCCAUCCCUCUCCCCCCUUCCCUAUCCCGAGCGUAACCCCCUCGAAAACCCGCGGUGCUUGCUCUUGCCUCUGUUGAGACUGUAAUAAUGUGCUCACAUAUUGGAGUACCUAAGGAGAGCCGAGAGAGAGAGAGAAGAGAAGGGAACGAGUAGGUGAAAACAGCGAAGAAGAAGAAGAAGAAGAAGAAGGAGAAGAAGAAGAAGAAGAAGAAGAGGCUCCCAGGAAGGGGACGAAGGGAGAGACUGACGGGACUCUGAGCUGGACCAAGGCGCCGAUAGCGUGUACACCGACUGCGCUCGUCCUCUGAGCAUGUGUGAGUGCGUGUUAAGCGUGGCCACAUGCCCACCAGCGGUAAUAAGAGAAAAUAAGUAAAACCCUAAGGUACGGACCGGAGGGGGCAUAGGGCGGCAGAAGGUGGGAGGAGGGAAGAAGAAGACCAUGGCACGAGGAGAAGAAGGGACGAGAGGGGGAGGGGAGCAGUAGUAGUAGGUACCAGGGUAGAGGGAGGAGGAGGAGGAGGUGAACCUGUUCCCGAGGGAGUUCCUUGACCCUCGGGCGGGGGGGCACACACUCUCGGAGUUGCGAGUCUUGGAGAGACGCGAGAAGCCAGCAGUGUAGCCACCACCAUGAUGCCCGCUGGCUAACUUCUCUCCUCGGGGCCCUCGAGAGUAAAGCAACAGGCCGGUGGAAAGAGAUGGGGAGAGAUGGGAUAUUCUUCUCUCUGGCUGCGGUAGGCAGACGGGAAAAAGAUGAAGGAUGAGCGGCCGCGGGAGAAAGAGACGCACAUAUAUGUGCGUGUGUGUGUGUAUAUAUACAGAGGGACCAAAAAGGGGGCCUUACGAGCGAGAGAAGGAAGGAAGGAGAUGGAAGAGUUAGACCAGUAUCCCACUACUACCGGGCUGUCCGUGGAGAUCCGUCCAUCCGUCCGUGGACCACGGUGCACCAUACUGGCACGCUACUACCCAUCGUGGACUCGAGAGAUUCUCCGCGCGAGGAGAACAGGCCAGACGGAGAGGGAAGAAGAGACGACUCGCCUCGAUGUUGCGCCGUAUCGUCUCCUCUCUCCGCAUAUAUAUAUAUAUACAUAUACAGGUUCUUUCACAGGCUGACCUCGCCGGGUGUAACGAGUGGAAGAGAUCGGGGCUCCUCCGGGAGGAGGAAUCGCGAAAAUUUAAUUUCGAUCACCACGGGGGAAGAAUAUAUGGACGGAGAUGGUCGCAAUUAGGUUAAACGCGAUCGAGCGCAACGGGGAAUUAAUUUCACAUUGUACGCGCGUUAAAAACGGAGAAAAAAUUUCAUAGACGAUUUCAUGGAUGUCAUUCGCGGAUUCAACUUGGCCCGUUCAAAUUUUACUUUCAAAUUAGCGGGAAUCGUGAAACGAUUCCGUCAAUGAUCGGAUUCGAGAGGUACAAUGUAUACUUGAGAACGAGAUGGAUCACCCCCCGGUUUCUCCUGGAUCGUUCCGGAACAACUGGCCUCGCAGCCGGGGUACGAGACGCGACUAGUAGAAAGGAGGUGAGCAGUGUCCGGGGGAGAGGCCCAGUUGCCGGUGAUAAUUUAUUGCCAUUUAACCGGCCGUCCCUCCGUCCCGUCCCGAUAACUCGACACGGGAAUUACGUGGAACAUUGUAUACGGGGGCAGAAAUUCAAUGACGAUCAGCGCCGAUGGCAUUUUCUCCUAUCCCACGAUUCCCAAACAUAAUGACGGUGGACACGCGACAGCCACUUUAUCCAUUAUUCAUUAUUCGCCCGAAAUCCUUCUUCCGGAAUAUACAUAAUUUCCGAGAUCCUUUCAUCCCCUCCUUUCCGUUACACAUUAUACCCUCCUCCCCUCUUGCGUAACCGCGCGCAUUAAUCGGCUGGAGGGAGGGAAGAGCGGUCUCGAAGAAAAUUGAACCUGUUUUUUUCGACACGCGGUGUUUCCACGUUGAACGCUCGUCGUGCGACGAGAACUCGAUAUCCCCUCGCCUAGGUGAGAAUGCACAACGUGGCCGCCGUUUACGAGGGCUCGCUCGAUGAAACCGAUCGUGAAGAUAUACGCGAGCGGGCCGCCGCCGCGGAUAUCCAGCAUCCCGACGGCGCGGCAAGUGUACGAUCGUGUGUAACGCCGUUCUCUGGAAAGGCAAUCCGCACAGAGACGGAAUAUCUCUCCCCUCUCGUAACUGUGUGCGCCGACACGCACGUACAUCCCCCCCUUACACAAUCCCGCGGCGAACGUUGCGCACCGAGGCAGACCAUGAGGAUUAGAGAGAUCGGUGCGUGCACCACGAGCGUAUCCACCGGGUGUACACCGAGGAGGAGAGGAACGAUCGGCCGCGCUGGACGUACAACCGAGAGAAGAGCGGACUAUAGGGAGAGAGAGAGAGAGAGAGGGAGAUCCGUAGGGGUCGGGGUGAAGAGCGGCGACGGUGGUGGGAGUCGUGGAUGCUCCCGCGGUGGAGGUGGCGGAGAAGGUGGUAGUAGGAAGAAGGGGUCCGUGGGUGAAGAAGGAGGGAAGGAGACGGGUGGCUUGGGUGCAACCGAGACGAAGGGUAGGGAGUGAGAGCGAAUGAGAGUGUGUCUGGCGAGGGGGAGGGGGGAGGCCCGCAGGCCGGCCUGCGGCUCCGACUCAGUAUCCCCGGAGCGACCGUCUCGUGUACCCCGCGGAGGUGCUGCGUUUCCGUGCUCCAGCGUGCACGACACAGCUGUGUAUCGCGCGCGCGCACACACACACACGCGUACGCGUGUACACAGGUAGAACGGCAUAUACGUGGAUUUACGUGGCCGUGCACGCACGCCUUGGCCAGGCACACGUACACGCGUGGAAUCGUGGAAAGGUGCGCGUACGUGCACGAGGCACGCGCGCGUGUGCCGCGAUCCACACACCUGUUCCUCUCGGUGAGGGACACACGCCGAUAUCUGGCGACAGAGGCGACCGCGACAGUUCGACGACACGCGUGUGUUUAUCGAAACCAGCCCGCGUUUCGAAGGUACACAGCGCGGGUUACGAGGGGUGCGAUUCCUUCCUCCCUUCGGAGGAGAGGGAGAAGAGAGAGAGAGGAGACCUCGAGUGGAAUUUCGAGUGGAAUUUCGUACGAAAGUUCGUCGAUUGCGGGAUUACGGGAUAUUGGAAUCGUGAUCGAAGAAGAUCGUGGACCAUCGGAUGAAACUCGAUUUUGGAUUUAUUCAGCAAAGUGGAUUUCGUUCGAUCGAACUGAACUAGUGAGGUGAUGCCCGAGGUUCGAUCGAUCGAGUAAAAAAUAUUUCGCGUCAAUUUCCAGGGGUGUGGAAUAAGCACGUGCUACCGGCGAGAGAGGAAAGGAGAGAGAAAAGGCGGAUCUCGAACGAUCACGUGUCGUUCCCUCGCGCGCCUUUUGGAAAAUAAUUUCGAGCAGUGCGCAAAGGAGGUCGAUCGUCGUUCCGUGCCAAGAUCCAGGAAGAAGAAGGAACGCGUUUAUCGAGUUGCGCGCGUCACGUGAACACAACGCGGCUCCAUCCUCGAUUAAUUACCUUUUGAUCGAGGUGAAACGGGCCGAGAGAAGGGAACCGACAGAGAGAGGAGGAAAAACGAAGAGGAUCGUAACGACCUACCGAUAUCGCACGAUCAAAGCCAACCGUACGAGGGAAAGGUGUACCUGUCGCGACGCGAGAGUGCACGUAAACAUCUUGAGAGGCCCGUCCCGCGCAUCCUGGAUCGUCCUCGUUAGAAAGUUCGAUCUCUCUAACCGAACCGCGAGAAAACCGACUCUCUAUCGAUAUAUCCCACGUUACAUUCUACCCGCGUCUAUCCAAUUAUAUUUUCAGUUUCCUCUUCUAAACAUUCCCAAGUACGCUACUCCCACACGUAUCGUUACGUAUAUAUAUAUAUAUAUAAAACAAAAGUGUUAAACAGUGAUUGAAUAGUGUCCUCGACGGAAAAAAAUAUCGUUAAUUUCAACGGGAGAUUCAAUGUUAUUAUAUUUACGAAGUGGAAAACCGUGAGAUUCAACGAGAUAUAUAUAUAUAUAUAUAUCAGUGGUUUGUAUUUAUAAGUGUGUGCCGCGGACCGGAAGUAAAUAAUAAAGUAUCGAAGAAGUGAAGUGUUAAACGAUCGAAGAAGAAAACGGGAGCGGGAUAAUCGAUAAUUGUUUCGUGAACUUGUGAACAGUGAAUAGAUUUCAAACUCUCUUGGAAUUACAAGGAUAUAUAUACAAACACGCACGCGCACGUAUUUAUUAACAUAUAAAAUAGGAAAGGAUUACGCAGGAAGGAUUUCCGUUGGAUUGGAAAAUUUUUGGUUAGGAGAGGAGCUGGAGAAGAGCUAGAGAAGGAGACCCACGGGGGGAAUGGUGAUGCGGUAGUCGAGGGAUUCCUCGAGGAAAGACAUGAGGGCGGCCGCCGCCUACGUCCUGUUCCUUGCCCACCUCAUACAGGCGACAAACGCGAGCGGAUUCUUCGAGGUGCAAAUCCUCUCGCUCACGAACAACAGGGGCACCCUGGUGGACGGUAGGUGUUGCGGCGGGGGAGGCGAUGGCGGAGGAAAAGGAGAAUUACCACCGUGCACGACACCGUGCUCGACGGCCUUCUGGCUCUGCUUGAAGGAAUACCAGUCGAAUGUCACAGCCAUAGGCUCGUGUAGCUUUGGCAACGUAUCUAGUCACGCCCUCGGCCAGAACACCUUCACCCUCAGCGAACCGGUCACCCUGCAACUGCACUUCACCUUUCGAUGGACGAGGCAAUUCACGCUUAUCCUGCAAGCGAGAGACGAGGCGAGCACAGGCGUGAUCGAGGAGGCAAGUUUCAGCGGCAUUGUCCUGCCAGGACCCACGUGGCACACUCUCAAUCAUGAAGGGAGAAACGCUCAUCUAGCUUAUCGCGUUCGGGUCCAGUGCGCGGAUCAUUAUUACAACGCGACCUGCACGAAGUUCUGCAGGCCGAGGAACGACAUAUUCGGCCAUUACACCUGCGACGAGAACGGCGACAAGGUGUGCAUACAGGGUUGGAAAGGCGCCGACUGUGAGAUAGCGGUGUGCAAGGAGGGUUGCCAUCCCGUUCACGGUCACUGCAACGUGAGCGGCGAAUGCAAAUGUCGACACGGUUGGCGCGGUGAACUCUGCGACCAGUGCACCCCCUACCCUGGCUGCAAGCACGGAUAUUGCAACGGUUCCAGUUGGCAGUGUAUCUGCGACACGAAUUGGGGCGGCAUCCUCUGCGACCAGGACCUCAAUUAUUGCGGCACUCACGAACCCUGUCAAAACGGUGGGACGUGCGAGAACACGGCGCCAGACCAGUACAAAUGCACCUGUCCCGAGGGAUUCUCGGGACCGACCUGCGAGAAGGUGGACAACCCCUGCGCCUCCAACCCUUGCGCCAACGGAGCGACCUGCAGGGAACUCGGUGAGAGCGCGCAUUGCGAGUGCGCCCCUGGAUUCUCGGGCCCUUACUGCGCGACGGAUAUAGACGAGUGCGCCUCCCAACCUUGCCAAAAUGGCGGCACUUGCGUCGACGGGAAGAACGAAUUUGUGUGCAAUUGUCCACCGGCCUGGCAGGGAGUGCUUUGCCAAUUCGACGUGGAUGAGUGCGCCCUGAAGGAAUCCCCCUGCAAAAAUUCGUUGACCUGUGUGAAUCUUGCCGGUGAUUACAAGUGUCGCUGCAGGAGUGGUUUCACGGGGAAGAACUGCACGAAGAACAUCAACGAUUGCAUCGGCCAAUGCCAACACGGGGCAUUGUGCAUCGAUCUGGUCGACGAUUAUCACUGCAGCUGCACCGCCGGCUAUUCGGGCAAGGAUUGCGACGUGGACAUCGACGAGUGCGCCUCGAAACCGUGCCAGAACGGUGGCGAGUGCAGAGACCUGGUGAACGCGUACGAGUGCGUGUGUCCUGUCGGUUUCACCGGAUACCAAUGCGAGAUCGACAAGGAUCAUUGCAGCCCGAACCCAUGCAGAAAUUCGGCGCCUUGUUUCAACACGCAGACGGAUUACUACUGCCACUGUCCGGAGCAAUGGCAAGGGAAGAAUUGUUCCGAGCCAGCCUCCCAUAAUCCGCAAUUCGGCAUGAUGGACGAGGAGUCCGGGUGCGGGAGUGAGGGAACACCAUGCGGCGGCAGAGGCAGAUGCAGCGGUGGCAGAUGCAUUUGUGACGCCGGGUAUACAGGGAUGCAUUGUCACGAGAACAUCAACGAUUGCAGGGGUAAUCCUUGUUUGAACGGUGGCACGUGUGUCGAUUUGGUUAACUCGUUCCAGUGUAUCUGUAGAGAGGGAUGGACUGGAGAUCUGUGCGAUCAAGACGUGGACGAGUGUACGAAUUCACCCUGCCGCAACAACGGCACCUGCGUGGACGGUGUCGCAGACUUCACCUGCAUCUGCAGGGGUGGAUGGAAGGGCAAAACUUGUACUCUUCGCGCCGGACACUGCGAACCAGGUACCUGUCGCCACGGUGGAACUUGCCAAGAUCGCGGAGAUGGAUUCACUUGUCACUGUCCACCAGGUUGGGAGGGAGCAGCAUGCCACAUAGCAUCUCCAGCGUGCGCGAGCAAUCCUUGCGAGAACGGAGCCACCUGCGUGAACACUGCCGAUGGGAAUUACAGAUGCGUCUGUCGCGAAGGUUUCGAGGGUCCGAAUUGCCGUCGAGACGUCGACGAUUGCCAGCCAUUGCCUUGCUUGAACGGGGGUAAAUGCGUGGACGGGAUCAACUGGUUCAGAUGCGAGUGCGCGCCAGGCUUCACCGGUCCAGAUUGUCGUAUAAACGUGAACGAAUGCGCCAGCGACCCCUGCACCACUGGGUCCACGUGUGUGGACGGUAUAGCGAGUUACACUUGCAUCUGCCCGCCAGGAAGGACCGGGGUACGCUGCGAGAUUCGUACAGCAGGUGGACCAGGAUGCCCGGUAGCUAGCUGGGACGACGAUUGCAACGUCUGCGAAUGUCGUAACGGGAAGAACCAGUGCAGCAAUAUCUGGUGCGGUCCUGGGAACUGUCUGAACGGUACAUCGUGUCUGGCUCACGAAGUGUGCGUGCCCAGUCCGAACGAAAGCUGUCUAGCUCCACCGUGUCCAGCAUGGGGCGAAUGUCGCCCCGUGGAGACUGGAAGAAGAGUAGGGCCGCCCGCUCUGCCCGCGCCGCCUUCCUGUUGGCCUGGACAAGCCACGCCGGGUCCGACCUGUUCCAGGCUCACCAUCCUGUUAAGAAGAGACACUCUGGCCGCCAGUACAUCGGUAGAAAUCCUCUGUAGACGGCUGAGAAAACUGCUGUCCGAUCCGAGAAGGCCACAGUCAAUCGUUCUUCUGUGCGAUCUUAAACCUGGUGAUAACGAUACUGUGGAAGUGACCAUAUUCUCGGAAGCAGCCGCAGAUGCGGCCAGAGAUCUAGGCGAAGCCCUUAGCAGACCCCUGGGCAGGCCACUCGCUCUGGCCUCCGUGCUCGAGGUCAAAGUGGAGACGGCCUUGCUCAGCGAACCGAGUUCCGUAAACUCGAGCAGCGCGGGAAGCUACGUGGCCGUCCUCGGUGGAGCUCUGGCGACCGUUUUGGUCUUGGCUUUGUUCGGUGGACUGUGGUAUCUUCGAACGGUGAGGCAAAGAUCCAGCCUGACCGCGACGACCAGCAGCGAGACAUCGUUGCAUCGACACCGCAGCGAUUUGGACGAAAAAUCGAACAAUCUUCAAAACGAGGAGAAUCUUAGGAGAUACGCGAACCCUUUGAAAGAGCAGGAUCAAGGAGAACCAAGAGUAUCCGUGGUGAGACCUCUGUCCGGAACUUCGUUGGGUGCGCUGGGUGCAACCGAAGAGAGUUUGGAAAUGGUCUCGGACGAGAGUAGACAUCGGUUGCCACCACUUUACAAAGCUCCCAGCGCAGAAGCCAGGAACAAUACCGCUAGUUUUACGUACGAGGAAGGGCCUCAUAAACCGUACAGCAAACCUAGAUUGCAGGAGCCGACGUAUUCUCAGCAAGCGAGCAGCAGUCAGACAUCGGGACCGCAUCAAGUACUGACGGUACACGUGUAACGCGGACAGACUUGGAUGUUUCGUGAAAAAUUUCAUUCGAAAAAAACACUUACGAGAAAGGGACACGAAAACGUGCUGAAACGGAAUUAUCGGACUCGCUGUACCAAGUGUUUUCGCAACGAACAGACUGAACAAUUAAUAAUUCACGAUUCGACGGAUCGCUUACUUUAGAAAAUGAAAUUGCGAAAAAUAAUGCGCUGCCUUUUUUUACCCGCUAAAAAUUAAGAAAUCUCGAAAAUAUUUUACUUCAAAUCUUUUUUCCUUCUGCGAAUUGAUACGAAAACAAGGGAGAUAUUAAAGAAUGUAGAAAGAUAGAGAAAGAAGAGAAUCAUUUUAACGUUAUUUUAUUAACGAUAUUGGUAUUGAUUUAUAAUCAAAAAUCGAUCGUUUCAACAAAAUUGAUUCAUUAAACGAGAAAACAUCAUUCUCUACCUUUCUCUAAUAUGUCUCUCGCUAAUAACGCAACGACAAUAAUUGACGGUCUACAAUUAUAUAUCGACAAGUUGCCGAGUUGUUUUAUCGUAUUGUACAUAUGUACAUAGCCCGUACUUAUUAAUUUCGCUAAGCCUGUAUCACUUCUAAAUGCCGUCGUCCCUUACGGACAGCCUUAAGAUCUGAUCUAUCGACGUUUUAUUCAAUCAUAAACGUUACAAUCAUAAACAUUCCCCUAUGAUCCGAAGCAGAGAACACGGGCCAAAUGACGGCGUAACAGGCCACCGUAGAUAUUGUAGAGCUAUAAUAGCACGUAGGCGAAUUAAUCUGCGCGAAAGCAGGCUUCGGACGCUCCGUCGGGCGAUAUUAUUGUGAUACUCAUAGAGCGAACGAGAGAGAAAGAAUGCGAGAGAGAAUAUUAUCGCGCGAUAAGAUUUAUCAAGUCCCUCGUAGCACCCUCUUGGAAAAGUCGUGAAUCACGAUUAAUAACGAUAACAAUAUUAAGAAAAAUUUUCAAUUUGGUUUGCUAACUAGUUUGCAACGGUUUGCAUCCGUUUGCCGUAGUAAUCAGUAGAAUUAACGCACGGUUCUAUCAUUGCGAUCCGUGAUUUAAUUGCACAAAAAUUAAUUAAUUAUUCAUGGGAUAUAUCGUCGUAUCCACGAGUCGAUCUAUAAUGAAAAGGAAGUAUUCUUUUUUAUUUUUCCUGCGAAGAGGGUGAAGGGGGCGUGUAGGAAUCGAUAAGAUGCGACACAUGGCAUAGCCAUUCGCGUGAUCGAAACGUUGUAUGAUGUAAAUAAACUCUAUUACAUGGAUACAGAUAAUUCCCCAUCCCACUUUGGAUUGUAUUUUAUCUUAUUCCCUUUUUUCUUCCCUCUGUUAGAUGUGCAAUUUUAUUAUUUUUUUUUUUCCCCCCAUUCCCCCUUUCUCUUAAUUCCAAGCGUAAGGCAACGCGCAACGACGGGCACAUGAAACGUGCGUAUUACUAGAUUUUAAACGAGAAAGAGACCGUAUUGAGCGUAUGAUAACGGAAGAAAUUUUUUAUAACAGAUAGUUUAUUUUAUAAAGAAAUCUAUAUUAUUAUACAAAAUAUAUAGAAGCGAUGAAGAAAAAAAAAUAUAUAUAUAUUAUAUUAUUUUAUAUUAUAUUAUAUUAUUUUUUAUAUUUUA